AUGGGUCAACAACAGACAAAAGAGGCCGGCUCGGCCGGUGCUUCCGCGUCCCACUCGAGUCACGCACGUUCCUCUUCUCGAGCCAUGACACCAUCCACCUCCGCCAACCUAGUCGCCUCACUCUCCGCAACCAGUCUAGGUCCUCCCUCCCCACCACCUCUUCCCGCUCAUCUCGGCGACUCGGUCAAAGUCGACCAAGGCGGUCUCAUCCCACAUGGCCUCUACACAGCUCCCAAAGACUACGAUCAGCACUUUGUCCGUCAAAGCAUUCUCGAUCGUCGACUGGCUCCCUUCUGCAAAGGUAGUGACGACGAGGUGGGAUAUGCAGACAAAAAAUUCAACAGCGAAUGUCCCAUUUGCUUCCUCUACUACCCUUCUCCACUCAAUUUUUCACGAUGCUGUCAUCAGCCCAUCUGCUCCGAAUGCUUCGUUCAGAUGAAACGUGCUGAUCCGACUUCCACCAAUCCACCCUCUUCGCAGCCUCGCUCCUGUCCCUUUUGCGUCGAGCCUGAGUUCGGUGUCACGUAUGUGCCGCCAGAGGCGCUACAGCGAGGUCGACGAUCCAGUGGAAGCGCAAGUGACAGUCCCAAUGACGCAACGGAUGCCGCCAACUUUGCCGAGAUGGCCAUUGGCACAGGCGGUGUAGGCCUACAGGGCGCAGGCAAGAAGAAGAUUCUCCCAGCCGAUCAUCCGAAUGUGAUCACCGUCGAUCAGGUCAGACCGGAUUGGCAUAUUAAGCUGGCUCAGGCCGAAGCUGCUGUAGCUCGAAGGGCAAACCGAAGGGUUAUUAUGCGACAAGUGGGCGAUCGACUCAUUCCUAUCGGCAUUUCUUCCUCGCGGAUGGGUGCUGAUCUCGCUGCUGCUGCCGAGAGCGGUAGGAUCAAUUUGAACGGGCCUGGUGGCAGUAUUAUCUUGAAUGAAGGCCAGAACUGGCCAGCCAGCACGGCAGGUGUCACCACUUCGCGUCGACGCAGUAGUCGACCUAGUCGUGGUGCUGGUGAAGGCUUACCUGAGUUUGCGCGCCUGAUCCGGAUGGGUGCAGGCGAGGAUAUAGAAGAGGCCAUGGUGAUCGAAGCGAUGCGUUUGAGUUUGCUCGAGCACGAGGAGCAGCAACGUAAGCAGGCGGAGGAGGAAAAAAAGAAGAAGCCCCAAGUAGCAACUGCAGCAGCUUCGGCAACAUCUCCUGAGUCGACGUCUAACCAUCUUGCAUCAAGCAGCACACCACCACCACCACCAGCACAGUCAGUCUUGCAAGGAACCGAAGCAUCGCAGCCAAGCACAGCCCCUGCUUCUUCUUAUUCGGCACCAAUCCUUCCACCUCCUGCAACCUCUGUCGACCCCGCAUCCCUCGGCCUCUCCCAGACAACAAUGGACGAGCUCCGUGAGCUUAUCGACGGUGGUCCCUCCCCGCCAGCUUCCAACGCUCCAUCCUCUUCCUCCCCCUCUCCCACUGGAGGUGCAGGCGGAGAGUCGAGCAGACGACUCCGAUCAUCCAUCCCAGCACCUGCACCCGUACCCGUCCCCGAACCCGUAGCAAGGAUGGCUCCAGUCCUAGCAGAAACGCACAGCAUCAGCACUCAGCAUAACUACCCUUCUCCUCCCCCUGAAACAGAUUCGAAUGUGGGCAAGCACCAGGGAGCGACGACAUACUCGACUACAACGGCCAGCUAUGAUCCUAAUUUGAGCGCACCGGGCAGUCCGAGCAAUUCCGAGUUCCCUGCUGCUGCAGGUGUGGCGAGGAGUAGGAUUGUCAACCCGAACAACCCGUUCCGGAAGAGUAUGGGAGAGCACCCUUCCUAA